UGAAAAGCUGUGCUUUUUGACAUUUUGUGUCUUGCUCAGCCUUUCACUCUAAAAUCAGUUAAUAUUCACUCCAUUCUCUCUCACUUUAAUGUCUUAUUUCUUACUGUAAAUAUCAAGUUCAUCUAGAUUUGACUUUUUGUCUGUGGUAUAAGGGGAAGCUCCAACCUUGAUUCUUUUCCCCCAGUUUUUCCAGUCACUUGUUUCCGUUGAACAUUUAAAAAAUGGUAGUGGCCUUCCUCACGUGAUGGCCCAAACUGCACGUCUUCAGCCUUAUAACCGGACAUGAGCUUGGGGUCAAGACUCCCUACUGUAACGCACUUCACUGAGACGCCAGCCUGCUGGCGAGAAGCAUCUCUGGUCUCCUCAGCCUGACCCAGAACCUUCCCUCCCCCCUCCUCUGAUCUUCGCAUAUGGAUCAGUCGAUCCCCAGGGCCCACAGGGUAGACAGUGGGACCAGUUCCUAGAAAUGACUAGAAAUGUCCUCAAACAGCCUUAGGGGUUAUAGCCACACUUUACAGAAGAGAUGAGGCUCGCAGGCGGUGGGUCACGGGAGCAGGGACUCGGGGGCAGUGUGGUAGCGGGGCCGGCCAGUGCCUCUGGCCUGGAAGCCCCGGGGCCUGCCGCCCCUUCCCCGCAGCACCUUCUCUUCCCCGGGCCUGGCUCGCCAGCCCUUUGUUGUUCUGACCACUCAGCAUUUGGGCUCCUCUGCCAUGUGCUUCCUGAGGCAUCACUGGAGGGGCUCGGAUGAAGCAUCUGCAUCCCAGGUGAGCCCAGGUGACGCUUCCUGGGGAUGCAGAAGGAGUGCAGUGGUCACGGAACUGUCUGCUGUCUCUGCCCUGGUCCCUCCACCCUCCUUGGGCCCAGGUCUCAUGGGCCGCUCUCUUCUCUGCCUUCCUGCCAGCUCCCUGAGUGUCUGAGACUCAGGCCUGCUCUGUCCUUUGCUCGGAGGACAUGGGGUGGGCCUUGGCCUCUGUGACCUCAGUCCUGGAACUGUGUGGCCGCCCUCUAAAGAUUCCAUCUUAGCUCCCUGCCCCCCCAGGGAAUAUCUGGCUUUUCCAGGUGGCCCGACCUGCUGUGGGAGCCUCACCUGGACGCAGCUGCCUCUGUGCAGCACCUUCUCACCUGCUGGGCAGCCUACCUGGGUGGUUCUCAUGGCCAGGGCACAUCCCAGCAGAGGGCGGUUGCUGCUGUCCAGCGGAUGUGCCCAGCUCUCCUUAGUGGCGCUCAGGAGCUUGUGGCCAAGUUGGUGAGACAGUCAACACACUGGAAAAGAGUCAGCAGGAAGGCCUGGGGGCUUGUGGCUAGGUUCGGAAGGCGUUUCGAGUCGCCCCUCCUCUGGCAGAGUGUGGUCAUGAUCCUGACCAUGCUGCUGAUGCUGAAGCUGUGCACCGAGGUCCGCGUGGCCAGCGAGCUUGGUGUGAAGCGCCGGUUCUUUGCAGCUGCAGAUAAUAAGGAUGAAGAGAUCAGAGCCCCCCCCAGGCGGUCGUAUCUGGACUUUGACCCUCACUACUUUUGGCACUGGAGCAGCUUUGCGGACUACGUGCAGUGUGUCCUGGCCUUCACGGGCAUAGCGGGCUACAUCACAUACCUGUCCAUUGACUCGGCCCUGUUUGUGGAGACUCUGGGCUUCCUGGCGGUGCUGACCGAGGCCAUGCUGGGCGUGCCGCAGCUCUACCGCAACCACCGCCACCAGUCCACGGAGGGCAUGAGCAUCAAGAUGGUGCUCAUGUGGACGAGUGGCGACACCUUCAAGACAGUGUACUUCCUGCUCAAUGGCGCACCCCUGCAGUUCUCCGUGUGCGGUCUGCUGCAGGUGCUGGUGGACCUGGCCAUCCUGGCGCAGGCCUACGUGUUUGCCCGCCACCCUCCGAAGCCGGCCCCCCAUGCGGUGCACCCCGCCAGUACCAAGGCCCUCUGAGGUGGCCGGGGAGGACGAGGACGUGUGACCGCUGGCCACAGGCACCAGCCCGGCCAUCUGUCCUCCUGUGUGGGGCAGGCAGGCACCGUGGCCCCCUGAGAUGGUGUCCCGGCCACUGGGGUCUCAAUCAGCCUCUGUGGGCUCAGAGGGUGGCGGGCAGGGGGCCUGUGUGCCAGUGUUUGUGCUCAUUCACUCCCAGGACAAGCGAGCAGAUUUUACACCCAAGGGUUGGGAUGCGGUUGUUUUCAUGGGGAUGGAAGGCGAGUCUCCUCUUGGAAGACACCCAGCGAGAACCUGGUAGCUGCUCACGGACCCAGGGAAUGGCAGGCUGGGGCCGCCCCAGGACAGAGGGUGUCAGGGAACCUCGGCCCCUGAGAUCAGCUCAGCCCACAGCGGGCCCGGGGCGUAGGCUGGGGGCUGAGCCUCUGACGGGUGGGACUGGGGAUCAAGAAGGAGAAGCAGCAUCAGGACAACCAGGGUCCCAGCACACAGAGCCCACAGUCUCAGAACGGCCUGCGAGUGGACGCCCUGGUGACGGCAUGCAGCCAAGUGGGACUCCGGCAGGGUUGGGCCCAGGUGCAGAGAGCAUGGCCAGUUUUAUGUGUGCCUGGCACUCGUGGAGAGGAAGCCGGAGGGAUGCCAUGACGUGCGCUCUCCUUUAUCAGGCCAGAGUUGGUCUCUCCAGGGCCUCCUUCACCACAGCUGCCCCACAGGACCUGGGCUUGGCCCUCCACUUGGCAGUGGGGCCCGGGGCCCUCGUUGCUACGCUGGCGUCCUCCUAGGAGAGGCUGCUGUGCACCCGCCCUGGGGGGACAGAGCCAGCCUGUGUCCACCACUGGGCACUGGCCAGGGCGAGCUGAGGGGUGUUGGAACUAGAGCCCAGAGCACUCCGUGAGCCCCAGGGGCGUGCGUGUGCGUGCAUGGGUGUGUGCGUGCAUGCGUGUGUGUGUGUGUGUGUGUGUUGGGCGGGGUGCGGCCGGCCAGCAUGGGCUCCAGGGAGGGCUGAGGCCCAGGGUGGGGCGGGGCAGACUCACCACCACCCCGGGAGGCUGCCCUUGCAUUCAGGGUUGCACACACCUGCUGUGGCACAGAGCCUUGGGUGUCCGUUUUCCAGGACGGGGACAGCCUGCAGGUCAGGAGAGGAUGCUGGAGGCAGGCGUCCCCCCCGGCGUGCAGGGCAUCCGCACACUCUGAGCUCUCAGGCCUGCAGUGACGUUCCCAGGUGGUGGGCUGUGCCUGGCGUGGGCAUCCCUGCCCAAUGUCCUCCAGUCUGUGUGCGCUUCUCCAUGUCCUGCCUCUGGCUGUGACGGGGCCGCUGGAUAUCCCUCCCUCUCAGUUUUACACGAGCAUCUCAGAGCAUCUCAGCCCUGUGCCAGCCCCCAGACCCCAAGGCCGAGGGUUCUAGAUGCUUCUGUGUGGCUCCCGCAGGCAGCGUUUCCCCUUCUGCUGGGCGGAGGGGCGGCUCUCUGCAGUGUCCACGCCAUCUGCGGCCAGUGCCAAAGCUCUCAUGGUGUCUGCUGUGGCCGGUGGGAAACGUUCAAAGCUGCUGCCCCCUGAGUUUUCCUCAAAAACUCCUGAAUGUUUGAGUGAGGGUCCUGCUGGUUUUUUGGCCUGUAAGAUGCUUUGAAAAUGUUUAUUUUUAAAACACAAAAGGAGAUGUCUGUAGCAGCAAUUGCCUACAGGUUAAAAUGUCACCAGUUGAAGCAGUGACUGAAUGUGCCGUGUGCGGGAGCAUUCAAGGUUCUGUCAGUGUGGUGACUCUAAAUCAAUAAACCGCUCGCGGAUCCAG